CAUCACACUUCAAAUCACAACUGCUAAAAUCCUAAAAGACUUUGGUAAUCUCAUAAUAACAAUAAACCUAGUCUUCACAUUUGGUACCUUACUAAAGGAUAAAGAUUCAUCCGCUAGUCCAACUCAACAACAUUAUAGUUACAACCUUAAAACAUCGAAUAUUAGGGAAACAUCAUAUCUACAAUGA